CAUGGUCAUGGGAAACAUGCAAAUGCAGAGAAACAACCAAAAAAAAUUAAAUUCAAUGGUGUACAAAUGAAGAAGUCUCUUUAAAGCUAGAAGGAAACAGUUACACCUGCCUCUACAUAAAUUGUCUUCACUCCCUUCAUUUGUGUGUAUGAGAAACCAAAACCAAAACCUUAACAUUCUAAACUAAAUUUAUGUUUACCAUGAGAUUCUCAACCCUAGCAUUUCUCUUAUCACUUUUGGUGAUACUACAAGUACAAGAAACCAUUUGCUUCAAUGAACACGUACAACUUUCUCAUCUCAUGAAAAAAAUUGCUAAGCAUAAAGUAGACAUUGCCUUGUCACAACCACCCUCUCCUUCUCCUUCUCCUUCUCCAUCACCAUCUUCACACACAAAAAAGAGUGGAAGAGUGGUGUACCCAAUUGAAUAUGGUGCAGAUCCAACUGGAGUGAAUGAAAGCAGUGAUGCCAUGAUGAAAGCUGUAGAAGCUGCAUUUGAUAUUGAUAAUUUAGGGCUUGAAUUAUUACUAGGAAUUAGAGACCUUGGAGGUGUUAUCAUUGAUUUUCAAGGUGGAAACUAUAAAAUCAGCAAUCCCAUCACAUUUCCUUCAUCUUCUGGCAAUCUUGUGGUAAAAGGAGGAACCUUAAGAGCUUCCAAUACAUUUCCAACUGAUAGAUACCUUGUUGAGUUGUGUGCAUCAAGUUCCAAAGUACUCCAAAAUGCAACAACAGCAUACAACAACAAAUUACUUCAACAAACAAUAGGAAUUUACUAUGAAGACAUAACAUUUAGAGAUAUCCUCUUUGAUUCAAGCUACCGAGGUGGAGGAAUAUUCAUCGUCGAUUCAGCUAGAAUCAGAAUCGACAAUUGUUUCUUCCUCCAUUUCAACACAGAAGGAAUUAAAGUUCAAAGUGGCCAUGAAACCUUCAUAUCAAGUAGUUUUCUUGGACAACACUCAACAGUCGGUGGAGACAAAGGCGAAAGACAAUUUUCUGGAACUGCAAUUGAUCUUGCUAGCAAUGACAAUGCUAUCACCGAUGUCGCAAUUUUCUCAGCAGCCAUUGGAAUUGUUGUUAGGGGACAAGCUAACAUAAUCACAGGUGUGCAUUGUUAUAACAAAGCAACAGGUUUUGGUGGAAUUGGAAUUUUGUUGAAGUUAGCAGGGAAUUCACAAACAAGAAUUGAUAAUUGUUACAUGGAUUAUAAUAGUAUAGUCAUGGAAGAUCCUGUUCAAGUUCAUGUCACUGAUGGUUUUUUCUUAGGAGAUGCUAAUAUUGUUUUGAAGUCAAUUAAAGGGAAAGUUUAUGGUUUAAAUAUUGUUAACAAUAUGUUUAGUGGAAACCCUAAUAAUAAUGUUCCAAUUGUAAAAUUAGAUGGGGGAUUUAGUAACAUUGAUCAAGUGGUGAUUGAUAGGAACAAUGUGAUUGGUAUGAUUUUAAGAUCAACGGUUGGGAAGUUAAGUGUGGAUGGUAAUGGCACAAAAUGGGUGGGUGAUUUUUCAAAUGUUUUGGUGUUUCCUAAUAGGAUUAGUCAUUUUCAGUAUUCAUUUCAUACAUUAGAAGGACCAAAGUUUGUUGCACAUUCAGUGAGUAAUGUGUCAAAUAAUGUUGUAGUUGUUGAAAGUGAGAAACCAGUUCAUGGUGUUGUUUCCUACUUUGUUGAACAAUGAUGUUUUAACUUUGUCUAGUAUUUAUCAUUGAUAAA